GGAAGAGGCCGGAAGCCGGAAGUGAGGUAAAGAGGUAGCCGGGAACCGGCACUCCGCUGUCAUGGAGAGGCGCGUCCCAGUCCUUCACCUCGAGGGCGUCACGCGCGACGAGUUCCUGCAGCGCAUCUAUCCACAGAGAAAGCCAGUGGUACUGAAAGGAAUUGAUCUUGGGACCUGUACUACCAAAUGGACAGUGGAUUAUCUCAGUCAAGUAGGAGGAAAUAAAGAAGUGAAAAUUCAUGUUUCUGCAGUUCCACAGAUGGAUUUCAUCAGUAAGAACUUUGUAUAUAGAACUUUGCCUUUUGACAAGUUUAUACAGAGGGCAGCAGAAAAGAAACACAGCACAUACUUUAUUUCAGAGGAUGAGAAGUACUACUUGAGAUCACUUGGUGAAGAUCCUAGAAAGGAUAUUGCAGACAUCAGAAAACAGUUUCCAUUAUUAGAAGGAGACAUCAAAAUUCCAGACUUCUUUGAAAAGGAACAAUUCUUUUCUAGUGUCUUUCGUAUUAGUUCACCAGGAUUACAGCUUUGGACUCACUAUGAUGUCAUGGAUAAUUUCUUAAUUCAAGUGACAGGAAAAAAACGUGUUGUGUUGUUCAGUCCUCGAGAUGCCCAGUAUUUGUAUUUAUCGGGUACUAAAUCAGAGGUGCUGAAUCUGGAUAACCCAGAUCUGAGUAAGUAUCCACUAUUUUUCAAAGCCAGGAGGUUUGAAUGUGUCCUUGAAGCAGGAGAUGUAUUGUUCAUUCCUGCUUUAUGGUUCCAUAAUGUGAUUUCAGAAGAGUUUGGAGUAGGAGUGAAUGUUUUUUGGAAGCACCUUUCUUCUGAGUGCUAUGAUAAGACAGACACCUAUGGAAACAAAGAUCCUACUGCAGCCUCAAGAGCUAUACAGAUUUUGGACAGAGCCUUAAAAACACUUGAUGAACUACCUGAGGAGUAUAGGGAUUUCUAUGCACGGCGGAUGGUUUUACGAAUUCAAGACAAAGCUUUUAGCUCUAACUAUGAAUAAAUAGUGCACCAAAAGAAACUACUUAGAAAAUUCAUGUACAGAAAUAUUAAAUAAGAAUUAUUUUUUAAAUUGUUAAAGAUUCCUUAUUCUUUUAAAAUAGAGAAAAUGUCAUAGCCCUAGUUUGACUAUUGACAAAGGAUUUUCAAAUUGUGUUAAGAACAGUAGAAAGUGGUUAGGAGACGGCUCUACCAUUUAGUCAUAUGUCUUUAGGCAAGUUUCCUAACCUGGGUUUUAUUUUCCUUAUCUGCAAAAUAAGUUUGAAUAAGUGAUAUUUUAUAAACCUUUAGAAAUAUUUAAAUGAACAUUUUUAGGAUUUGUCUGAGUUGAUUAUUACAGUUUGUGUUCUAUUCAGUGCAAAUGUACAAAUGCAAGAUUAGUGUCUCUUCCACCUACCCUAGUUUAGAGAUGUUUUUUGCCUUCUGUCUUGCCAUGCUGAGAUGUAUAACAGCCUUAGCUGACAAAAUUAGAAAAGUGAAUAUGCUUGAGCAAAGAAAAAAGUAUGUAAUAUAUCCCAGAUUCCAAAAUAAAUCAAUAUUAUUAGGACAUUGACAAUAAACAUGAUAGAACUUCAGGGCAGAAGUGGUGUUUUAAGAUCCAUCUAAUCUAAUGCCUUCAUUUUAAAUGAAGAAACUGAAGUAUGGAGGCCAUAUGCUAACGAGACAAAAUAAGAAUUGAAACAGUAACUAGAAUUCAUUGGUUUCUUGAUGCUAUCCUGCAAUGAUAUCUAUUACCAUGGAUAACUGGAAAUUGCCUAUUUUAUAGAUUAAAAUUUCACAUAUAUUCUCCAAGGUCCAUACCAGUUUUUAGAUUCUAUGAGUGAUUUACAUUGAGUUUAUUUAGACAAAUUAAAGCUAUUUAAGCAUUUAGUAAUCUAUUUUCAAUGAUUACAAAGCAUUUAAGAAAGAACCUAUGCACUUUUGUAAAGUUCACGUAGUAUUUAAGGAGAGAGGGGAAGCUAGGGUUGUUCAGUGAAUAGAGAACUAGACCCAGAGUUGGGAGAUCCUGGGUUCAAAUCUGGCCUCUUCCUAGCUGUAUGACCCUGGGCAAGUCAUUUAGUCCCAAUUGCCUAACCCUUUUACCUUAGAACUGAUAUCAAUUCUAAGACAAAAGACAUGGGUAUAUAUAUAUAUAUAUAUUUAAAAAAAAGUAUUAAGGGGUCUGGGGCGAGAAAGGGAAGCAAGUUUAGAUUGGGGUGUGGGGGGGUUGUUUUUGCUGUUAGUACUACCAUGACGAAGACCCAGAUAAGUUCUUUAGCCAUCAUUCCCUGCUUCUGUUCUUUCAGAGUUACAGUUCUGGCUGAUUGUUUUUUUGUCAGCUCCCUUACUGACUUAAUGAAUUAUUAGAUACCUAUCAAAGAAAGGAUUAAGUUGGAAUCUUUUUUUCCCCCAAGCAGGACCCAAUGCCAUUCUAAAAAUCUGUCAAACUGAACGUGUGAAAUUUUCUACCAUCAACAGAUUUUUUCCCCUAACCAUAGUUUUCUCAGUUACCUAUAGUUUUUUCAGUUCUUAAAAAAAAAAUCUAUAAUAAUUUCUUAGCUCACAUGACCAUACCAUAGCUUGAUGAAGACUAAGUGGAAUAAUUGAAAGAUGUGUAUAACAAUAUUUAACAUGCUUUGCCCCUGCCUGCAGACUUCUGACCUCUGCUUUGAAAUAUCUAUGACUCAGUUGGCUCCUGGCUAUCUUCAUUUCUAACUAUUGUUAUAUUAAUCCAGCUCCAGAAUACACUUACUAAGAAAAGUUACUUUUUUCUACUUAGUCAUCUUCUUUGAGGAGGACUCUUUGAAAGCUUUCUUUGUAUAAAUACAAUUGGCAAUAUAUGGCAAUAUAAGUUCUUUUCUAUUUCUAAAUAAAUGAUAAGCCUAUUAA